GACCUCUUCCUUGGCAACGUUUAUACUAUGGUACACUGUCGCGCCGACAUGGAGUCAACCACUUAGUGUCAACUGUGUUUGGAGCGAUGAAUUAUGUAUCAUAACGUCGGGAGUAUACAUUAACUUCGCCAAAAUGACAGAAGUGAUGCAUGGAAUAUUGGCCGAGGCCAAGAAAAAUAGAUAUUCACAGAUUAAGGACACAUUAUCUGACGAUGAUGUUGCAGCUGUCUGGGAGAAUGUAUCAUCGUUUAUUGAAAAGACAAUGUCUCAACAAAAGGGAGUCAUUGUACAAGGUUUUGGGACAUUUACAUUUACACAAAAGAAAUUGGAUAUAGGCAACAAUAAAUUCAUUAUGAUGCAGAGACCUGUAUUCACACUGUCAGAAAAGUUUGCACAAACUCAUAGUCUCCAGCAUCCAAAGUAUCAUGUUCCAGGCCAGAUCCCAGUUGUGCAGCUCAACUUUGCUGCCAUGUCUUUUGAGAGUCCAUUUGACAGAGACACAGUGGAAAACUGUGUGAAGGAAAUACUUGGAGCUGUGUCCCGUGCUGUAGGAGCAAGGAAAAAUGUUGAGCUCACCUUUACCGGUAUUGGACGUUUGUCCAUCCGAGAUUCCAAAGUCAAAAUGAGAUUCUAUAAAGAAUUCAUUAACCAGAUGGAUGGCACAGGCAAACUGGUGACAUCUAUGCAAAAUAGACCAGGAACAGUGGAUUCUGUUAUGUCUGAUCGCCCUGUCUCCAGACCAGGAACAAGCUCAACAGUCAUCUUACCCAAAAUUUCCAGUACCAACCUAGCAGCAGGAGGACUAGCCCCUGUGGCAGAGGAGACCAAUGAGGCCAAUCCUGUUGACCCUGCCCUUGUUUGUGAUGCCCUUCACGAACCUCCUCCAAUACAUCCAUUGGAUGCCCAGGCAUUGGAGCCUAGCUAUGAGGAUCCAGAAGUGACCACCCCAGUACAACAGGAGACACUCGUCACUUUGAAUCAGAAACAGGAAGUGUUCGAGGGCAGGGACGUUGAGGAUGAGCAGACAGCAACUGCAAUCAGGAACAUCGAGUUUAUUGGAGAGGGUAUGGAAGAACCACAGGCCUUUGAACCUGUACACGCUCCAAUGCCAGAAGAACUGGAGGAGAAAGUGGAACCAGGGAGAAUGUUCCCAGAUAUUGACGAGCACCAGAAGAGGGUACCAAUGGCACCAAGCCGUGCUGGGUCACGGAUGGCCAUGCCUCUGGCAAAAGCCACCGGGGUCAGUCUGCUUGAUGACCUUAUACCAUCUUCUUAUACACCAAAGUCAGCCCCUAGUCCUCUGGGACCCAUCCAAAAGCCUAUUCCGUCACCUCCUCGAGAGCUAGCCGAUGGUCAAAUUCAACCCAUGAAGCCUCCAUCCCCAAAACUGUCUCCCCUUCAAAGAGCACAGAGCGUGGACCAAAUCCGUAUGGGGCAGCGAAAUGUCCCAAAUCCUCCAAUGUCAGCAUGUGGUCACCCAAACGCUGGUCAGGAGUUGUGCUAUCUGUGCCACCAACGCUCCCGCAGGAACAUUCCUGUUUCCUUUACUGAAGAGAGGAAGCGACGAGAGGAGGAGGAGGACAGGCUUCUCCAACAGUUUCAGUACAUGAAGGAUGCUGAGGAUACCCUAGGAGAACAGGAAAAUCUUCUAGCCAAACGCCAUGACCUUCAAAAGAUGGCCGCCUUCAAUCUAGGAGUGUCUGAAGCUGUGUUAUCCAAAAAGAAAGCCAGAGAUUUAGAAUUCCAUAAAUCCUACAUAUUCCAAAAAAGGCCUUUAACUCCACCAAAAAUUUUCAAACAAGAAGAAUACUCCAAGGAGCUAGCACAACAGGUGGACUCUAAAUCGUCCACACAAAAGAAGCACCAAACAGAUGAAGAGUUCCUGGAGAGGCUAGAACAGGUUCAGCUGGCUGAAGAUUUGGCAGCUCAGCGUGAACAGUUCCUCAAAGAUAAGAAUGAACAACAGGACAUGUAUAAGAAAGCACUGGAGGUUCAGAUUAAGAUCCGCAGUCGUUUCCGGAAGCCUGACGGUCUGCUUCGUACACCUGAUCGCCCCACUGCACUGUUGCCAAUGCGUCAAACGACCUCUGAGACGAGGUUUCCCCUAAUACUACCUCCUCCCCAUCAUAACCUUACCACCUCCACCCUUCCCAUGAUCCCGAAGGUCCUGUCCCCCUUCUCCAAUUCUUCCAAAGACCGUCUCAACGAGGAACUCCCACGGGUAGAUAGAUUCACAAUAACCUCACUCAACUUUCUCAUUCCCCUUAAUCUAUUUAGAUUUAAGCUGCUUCAAAAUAAGAGUAAUGCAUUCCAUUUUCCAUAGUAUACAUGAUUUAGAACAUUAUCCAAUUUCACACGAAAUUGAAUUCGUAACUUCCAAAAAUGAACAAAAUGAAUGUAUGAAAGGAUUAUGAUUGUUGAGUUAAGUGAGGUUCUUGGAUAGCUGCACAUCUUCAUGUCUUACUAAUGCUUUAAUAGCAUGAUUUAUUUUGCAUGCACUUUGUAGUCAUUUUGCUUGCUUUCAAUAUUUGCUUCUAUCCUAUGUAAAAAUGUAUAUCAUAUUGAUCAAUUUGUUAGUUCUAUUUACUUAUGAUUAUGUAGGUCUGAAAUUGAUUUAAAAGUACCGUGAUGCUAUUCUUGAAAGCAGUGGCACAUAAAAAGAAUACCAGAUAUUAGUUAUUCAUGAGAGAGUGCUAUACACCUGUCUACGGAUACUGCUAAAGUACAUUUGUAUUCCAAGUUGACGAGACACAACACCAGUACAUAGUUUUAAACUAUUGUCGGUUUUGUAUCUAACUUAUGGUAAAAUGUGUGUUACAUAUGAAUAGUCUCUAGUGUACUAGUUAAUGGUUUUGAUAAUAUUACUUCCAUAAGAGAUUCAAAUAAUAUGUCAAACUGAAAACAAUGUAAAACUGUUGUAUACAGAAUAAUUUCAGACAAGAACCGCUUAAUGGUAUAUCAUUGAUCUUGAUUAUGCGUUCUGUUUGAUAAACAAAAUAGAGCACAUUGGUUAAUAUUGAUUAAGUCACAUUAAUUAACAAGAUUGAUUAUGUUUUGGCCUGCUAAAUCUGUUAUAGAUGAGCAUAACAAAUUAAGAUAUUAUAUCAUUCUAGAACUGCUAAAAUUAGUUGUACCAGGUUUAAAAGGUUAGCAUUUUUAUUAUAAACCAGUCAAAAUUUGCUAUGAAUAAAGGAUUAUACCAAAACAAGACAUUUCUGUACCUGCUAAAUUUGAUUCUUGAAAAUCAGAAGAAGAAAAUAAAUAGCAAUGUUCGACUUUUAUAUAUCUACCAAACAAUUCCGAUCAAUGGUAGAAUACAGAAAUACUGAACCAGCGAAAAUCAGUUGUAUAAGGAAGGAUAACAUUUUGAUCGUAUCCAAACUUGCUAAAAUGACAUUAUCUUUGUUUCUGUACACUUUAUCACUAGCCCUCCACCCCUGGGUUGCGAGCUCGAAACCUACGUGGGGCAAUUGCCAGGUACUGACCGUAGGCCGGUGGUUUUUCUCCGGGUACUCCGGCUUUCCUCCACCUUCAAAAACCUGGCACGUCCUUAAAUGACCCUGGCUGUUAAUAGGACGUUAAACAAAACAAACCAAAUGUUUCUGUAAUUAUUUCCUUCAUUAAAACUAAGCAGAUUAGUACAGUUAUAAAUGAUUGUGUAUCGUGUUUAUAUUUACACCUGAAGGUAAACAAUUCACUGAUGUUUCACAGACAUCUUUAUUUUGAAGAAAACUAUCAAAUGUUAAAUA